CCUUAGGGUAGAAAUCCGUUCGUUGUAGUUCACAGCCAAUCCUUCGCACCUCGUUUCUAGUGUUGUCCUUUAAUUAGGUCUUCUCCCAGGGUAGAGUGUCAAGCGGACACGGGAGCCGUGAUAGAUACGACAGGGCGGUGGAAAUGUCCACCUUUUGGUGUAAGAGCAGUCACCCAUCUCUUCAAUGGGCACGAGAAGUCCAUUUGAUUGGUGGCUCUGCAGGUAAGCCACUAUUAGCAGGUUCCAAAGAAUGGAGUAAAGGGUAUCUAUGUAUUCAGUAUUGUUUUUUACUGAAGUAACUACACAUUUCCUGCAAAGCAUGUUUGGAAAGCAUAGUGUUAAAAAUUCAGCUUAUCCGGAUAUUUUGAAAGUGUUGUACUCUUCUGGACAACCACCGAGAAUUUAGCAGUGUCGGGGGUUUCCAACUGGCAAGAUGCGCCUGAGUAAUUUGACAGUCGUCACCUUAUGCAUCUUAGGGGUCGUGCGCUGUGAUGACAUGCGCCGCUCAAACUCAGGAACACGCACCAUAAAAAGAAAAGUGGACACACGGUCAGAAAGUGAUAAACAGUUUGAAGAGACUCUAGGAAAUUUACUAAAGGAAAUGCUUGAUUUAUCCGGUGGAAAUGGUGAUCAAGAAUACACUGCAAGAGGAGUACCCUCCGAUUUAUUCAAAGCCGAAACCACCGGGACCGGUGACGCGCGCUCCGCGCCUGGGCAAAGUAGCUACAGCAUCUAUUUCGAUAUCUUAAGUAACAUUUUUGCCAUCUCGCAACCUCUUCUGAGAGAAAGAUUCCUGAACGAGUUACCUGGUAGUCUGGUAUGUAUCUUAUCUGAGAGAACAGACUGCGGCCUUGAGGCCGAAUUGACACGGAUAGUAAUCAGUGCGUCACAGGGACCACUGCGCUCGUUCGUGGCUUCAGCUCGAAGUCAAACGUGUCCACUAUCGAAAUCCAUUUCAAGUACCAGCUUUUUUUCAUCGUACCUUCAAGUCGAAGACGCUACACUCAAUCAGAUUAAUGCAUUUGAGGACAUGCUGGUCACUGCUUUGCUCAAUAUUCCCUUAAAUGCAACUAAUAACUUUAUUUCGUCAUGGAACAAGUUAAUUGAUCUGACCAUACCAUCUAUAGUUUCUUAUGUCUCUGGCUUCAUGGUGACGUUUCUACAAACACCGAUGGAUUUUAUAAAAAUUGCUUUGCAACUGGGUAUCGAAAUCCCGGCCUUGGACCAAAGAGUGCAGUGUCACCAAGGUGAUUUAAAACAGCUCCUGAUGUGGGGUAUGAUGCACAAUCUGAACUGGUCUUUCGGGGAGUCCCUCCUGGACAUGCUCUUUGCCCCUGAGCUCCCGCUGUGUGGCUACCCAGGAGCGGAGUGCGAGCUGGGCCCACAGCAGGUCAGCCGCAGCGCGCCCGCCAACGCGAAUGCCUCCGAGCCCCUCCUGAGCUGUGAGCGCACCAAGCUGGCCCCCUUGAACGCUACGCUGUGUGCGGAGCUGCCGCAGACGCCCCCCUCCACGCUGUCAUCCCUCUGCAGGGCACUGAGCUGGCUCUCCCCCCAGCAGGUCAGGCAGGUGUGGAGGAACAGCUGCCACAUCGUCCGCACCCUGCUGGAUCCCUUCCUGGAUGAAGCCGCCUGCAGCCAGCAGGCCCUGAGCCCAGAAGACACGCUGGGGACGCAGGAGGAGUCCUCCUCUUCCUCCUCCUCCUCCUCCUCCAGCAGCACCACCACCACCACCACCACCACACUCCGGCGCGUGGCCCGGUCCUACCGCAGUCUCAAAGAGCUCUUGUGCGUGUACGAGAACUGGACCGCAUCUGGCGCUGUGGACCCGAGCGUGGUGUCCCUGUGCGCCGAGAACUUCCAGGAGGAGUUUGUGCCGCGCGUCUGCAACAACGUCCAGGUGUUUAGCGUCCUCCUGGCCGACGCCACAAACACCUGGCUGUGGCGCUACUGCUUCAACAACUCGCGGGACUUCAUGGUCAGCCGACACUGCGCCUACGACACCUGGGGUCCCGAGAGCGUCCAGCCGGCCAUGGUGACCCUCUGCUGGACCUUCGAGCACGACCAGUUCAAGGCCCUGCUGUGCGGUUUCAGCCUGGACUUCUUCAAUCUGAUCUUCUCCAACCCAGAGAACACCUGGCUGAGGCCCAACUGCACACAGCAGCCGGAGGAGGUGGACCUGGUGUCCCUGGUGGCCGAGGCGUGCCAGUACGGGCAGUGGGACGUCGAGGCCCAGGUCACCGCCGAAAAGCUCUCCGUCUGCAUUCAGAAUGACGAGCUCGUCUUCCGGCUGCGCGUGUGCGGCAACGCCACCUUUCUCGCCGAGCUGCUGAAAGACGCUGUCUACAGGUGGGUGAGGGACUUCUGCGACACUGCGCCCCCGCCGAUGCCGCCCCCGCCGAUGCCGCCCACAGAUCCGCAGAUCGACAUCCUGCAGUGGUGCAACUACACCCAGUGGGACCACAUCCCCAUCGACCCGUCUGUGGUGGGCCUGUGUUGGCAGAUGGACCCGCUGGGUUUCCAGAAGAACGUCUGCUGCAACCUGGACCUGUUUGAGCACCUGACCCUCGACCCGCUCAACGAGUGGCUCACGUCUGUGUGCGUCGACGUGAAGGAGCGGGUCGACGUUGUCGCCCAGACGUGUCGCUACUCCGACUGGAAACACGCCAUCAUUGUCGAUAUGACCGACCUGGCUCUCUGCGCCGACCAGGACCCGGAGAACUUCACGCGGAACGUCUGCGCUGACCAGGUGGUCCUGCAGAACCUCUUAGCCAAUCUGGACAAUACCUGGCUGCUCCAGCAUUGUGCCAACCACAGCGCGGCCGUCGACCCGGCGCGGCACUGCCAGUACGCCAGCUGGACGGUGGUGCUGCCCGACCCCUUCUUCCUGGCUUUCUGCUGGGACUACGACCAGGUCAACUUCGUGGCGUCUGUCUGCUCAAACCGACCCGUUCUCUCCCUCCUCAGUCAGGAGAGUUCCAGUGCGUGGGUGGGCACCCUGUGCGCCACCUAUGCCAAUUACACCACCACCACCACCACUGCAACUACCACAGCAACCACCACCACCACCAAAACCCCCUCCUCCCCCACCACCACCACCACCACCAACAUCACCACUGCAACUACCACAGCAACCACCACCACCACCAAAACCCCCUCCUCCCCCACCAACAUCACCACCGCAACUACCACAGCAACCACCACCACCACCAAAACCCCCUCCUCCCCCACCAACAUCACCACCACAACUACCACAGCAACCACCACCAAAACCCCCUCCACCCCCACCAACAUCACCACCGCAACUACCACAGCAACCACCACCAAAACCCCCUCCUCCCCCACCAACAUCACCACUGCAACUACCACAGCAACCACCACCAAAACCCCCUCCUCCCCCACCACCACCACCACCGCAACUACCACAGCAACCACCACCAAAACCCCCUCCUCCCCCACCAACACCACCACCGCAACUACCACAGCAACCACCACCAAAAACCCCUCCUCCCCCACCAACAUCACCACCGCAACUACCACAGCAACCACCCCCUCCUCCCCCACCAACAUCACCACCUGCGGGAGGUGGUGCAGCGUCUGA